AGGGUGGCGGGCCGGGGCCUCGUGAGGCAUGUCGGCGCUGCGCUGGGGCUGCGGUGCGGCCGGGCUCGGGCGGGCCCUGGUGCCCGCCGGCCGCCGUCGCCUCCUGGCCGAGGAAGGGGCGGGGGCCCUUGAUGGCAUCUGGGGCCGCAGAAGGAGCUCGUCCGCCAGCCCUUGUGAGCGAGACCGCCGGAAGGACUGGGGCCAUGCGGAGCUGCUGGAAGUUCUCGAGGCGCGGGUGCGGCAGCUGCAGGGGGAGUCUGUGUCAGAGGUGACGGUGAAGAGGGUGGACAUGGCUCAGAUCCCAGAGGGCAGCGGCAGCAGCUUCCAGCUAUCCAGGAAGGCUGAGGCGGGGGCUGCCCUGGAGCUCCGCGGCCGCUGGGCGGAGAAACUGGACAAGGAGAAGCGGAUCAUGCAGAAGCGAAAGCAGCGACUGGAGGUGAAGCUGCAGGCCCACUCACAGAAGCCGCCCCGGGAGCAGCAGCCGAGGCCGCUGCGCGUGGAGCCGCGGCUAAAGAACGGGCAGCUGGCUGGCUGCCUGCAGCGGUGGGCACGAGGGAGUCCUGCCAGCCCUUGGGAGGAGCAGCUGGCACAGGUGUUGCAGGAGGCCCCACAGAAGCUGAGCUGUGAAGAGGUGCAGGCCCCAGCCGACAGGGGGGCCGAGGCACAGCUCUCAGGCCAGCGGCAGAAGCUCCUGGCCUUCUUUGAGUGCUGCCUGCUUACAGACCACCUGCCCCUUGCCCACCAUGUGCUAGUCACCCAGCAUGGCAACUUCCGGCGGCGGUGGCUGCUCACGCUUGCCAUGUACAAUACCGUCAUGCUUGGCUGGGCCCGCAAGGGCUCCUUCAAGGAGCUGGUCUACGUGUUCUUCAUGGUGAAGGACGCUGGCCUUGCCCCCGACCUGCUGUCCUACGCGGCUGCUCUCCAGUGCAUGGGGCGGCUGGACCAGGAUGCCAGCACCAUCAAAAGGUGUCUGGAGCAGAUGGCCAGGGACCGGCUGCAGGUGCAGAAGCUCUUCUUGGCCGUGCCCAUGUCCGAGGAGGAGCGGGCUGCGCUCCUGACAGCCGUGCGGAAGGUCAAGCCUGCCUUCAGCCCGCCGCCACGGCCCACGCCCCGGGUCAACACCUCGCCGCUGCUCAAGGACAUCUAUGCCCAGGGCGGCCCCGUGUCCUACCCGAAGCUGCAUCUGCCGCUGAAGACGCUGGAGGACCUCUUCCAGCAGCAGCUGCGCGUCGAGCUGGCCACCACCGUCCAGGUCAAGUCCGUGGAGAAGGCCCCCCCGCUGACCAGCGAGGUUCUGCAUGCGCGGGAGACCCUGAGGAGCCUGCGGGACCAGUGGGAGGCGGCGCUGUGCCACGAGCUGCAGGAAAUCAAGGCUGAGCUGGCGCGCAGGGCCCGCGAAGGCCGCCCCACGCUUUACCCGCACCUGUGUCUGCUGAGUGAGCAGGAGACGGCGCAGAUGCUGCUGCAGGUUCUGCAGGUGCUGCCCCCCCAGGGCGAGUCGCUGAUCCAGCUGGCAUACCAGCUGGGCACGCGGGCCUUCAACCGCCACGUGGUGCAGAGGAAGCAGCGGGAGCACCAGGUGCCGGCGCUGCAGCGGCGCUACUCGGAGUACCUGCGCCUGCUGGCCUGCGACACCCAGGUGGACCCGCCCCGCCUGCCGCGCCAGCACUGGGAGUCACUGGGGGGUCCUGGCGGCGAGCCCCCACCCGAGCAGCCGUGGCCGCUGCCAGUACUGGUGCGGCUGGGCAAGCAGCUGGCGGAGGUGCUGGUGCGAGCCGUGCGCAUGCCGCGCAGCCCUGGCGCGCCCGCCGGCGCCGAGCAGCUCAUACCGGUGCUGUACCACGUGUACUCCUUCCGCAGCUUCCGCCAGAUCGGCAUUCUGAAGCCACACCCGGCCUUCUCGCAGCUGCUGGCGACGGCGGCGGAGCCCACACUAACCUUCGAGGCAGCCGAGGUACCCAUGCUGUGUCCGCCGCUGCCCUGGACCUCACCACACUCGGGGGCCUUCCUGCUGAGCCCCGCCAAGCUGAUGCGAGCUGUGGAGGGCACCAUACAGCACCAGGAGCGGCUUGAGCACUGCCCGCCCGCCGCGCUGCAUGGUGCCUUGGACGCCCUUACCCAGCUGGGCAACUGUGCCUGGCGCGUCAAUGGGCGCGUGCUGGACCUGGUGUUAGAGCUCUUCCACGCACGUGGCUGCACCCGCCUGGGGGUGCCGCCCCCGGCCUCCGAGGCCCCGCGCCCGCCCUCCCGCCGCCCUGCGCCCGGCACCCCGCCCGCACGCCUGGCUGAGCUGCGGAGGGAGGCAGCGCGCUGCCUGAAGGCGGCCCGUGAGCUGCGCAGCCUGCGAGCGGAUGCGCUCUACCGCCUCUCGCUGGCCCAGCACCUACGGCACCACGGUGCCUUCUGGCUGCCCCACAACAUGGACUUUCGAGGCCGCACUUACCCCUGCCCACCACACCUCAGCCACCUGGGCAGCGACUUGGCCCGAGCCCUGCUUGAGUUUGCCCAGGGCCGCCCCCUUGGCCCCCGUGGCCUCGACUGGCUCAAGCUCCACGUGGUCAACCUCACCGGGCUCAAGAAGCGCGAGUCCCUGCAGGCGCGCCUGGCUUUCGCAGACCAGGUGCUGGACGAGGUCUUGGAUUCCGCCGACCGGCCCAUGACGGGCCGCAAGUGGUGGAUGGCGGCGGACGAGCCCUGGCAGACCCUGGCCUGCUGCAUGGAGAUCGCGCGGGCUGUGCGGUCCCCCGACCCCACCACCUUUGUCUCCCACUUCCCUGUCCACCAGGACGGCUCCUGUAACGGCCUGCAGCACUACGCUGCCCUGGGCCGGGACAGCGCGGGCGCCGCCUCCGUCAACCUGACGCCCUCGGACCUGCCUCAGGAUGUGUACAGUGGGGUGGCCGCGCAGGUGGAGGUGUUCCGCAGGCAGGACGCCGAGCAGGGCGUGCGCGUGGCCCAGGUGCUCGAGGGCUUUGUGAGUCGAAAGGUGGUGAAGCAGACAGUGAUGACCGUGGUGUAUGGGGUGACCCGCUACGGCGGCCGCCUGCAGAUAGAGAAGCGCCUCCACGAGCUGCAGGACUUCCCCCAGGAGUUCGUGUGGGAGGCCUCCCACUACCUCGUGCGGCAGGUUUUCAACAGCCUCCAGGAGAUGUUCUCUGCCACCCGGGCCAUCCAGCACUGGCUGACAGAGAGUGCCCGCCUCAUCUCCCACAUGGGUUCAGCUGUGGAGUGGGUCACGCCCCUGGGCAUCCCAGUCAUCCAGCCCUACCACCGCACCGCCAAGGUGUGCCAGGGCUGGGGGAGAUGGCUGGGGCCUGGGUUGUGUCCCCUCCCUGCCUCAGCCCCAUCCCCUCCCCGACCCCCCUUGGUCUCCAGGCGGCCCAACACGCUGAAGCAGAAGAACGGCUUCCCGCCCAACUUCAUCCACUCACUGGACUCCUCCCACAUGAUGCUAACGGCCCUGCACUGCUACAGGAAGGGCCUGACCUUCGUCUCUGUCCACGACUGCUUCUGGACCCACGCGGCCGAUGUCCCUGUCAUGAACCAGGUGUGCCGCGAGCAGUUCGUCCGGCUGCACAGCCAGCCCAUCCUGCGCGAUCUGUCCCGGUUCCUGGUGAAGCGGUUCUGCUCCGCCCCCAGGUCUCAGAAUUUCUCCAAGAACAUCCAGAUGCGCAAGCUGUUCCAGACACUCCUGGCGCUGCCGGAGACAGGGACCUUCGACCUGGAGCAGGUGAAGCAGUCCACGUACUUCUUCAGCUGA